UCGCAUUCAGCGUUGUACACUUAUGACUCACCGCAUGUUAGGUUGCAUCGAGAAACGCGAUCAAGAUGUUUCUUAUUUAUUGUUUGUAAUAUAGUGUUAUUGUUGAUAUACAAUAAAUAUUAUACAAUUAUUUUACAUUUUUUUUACUCCGUGGUGAACAAUUAAUCACAUCAGUGCCUUAUUUUGAAUGCAGUAAUAUUAAGUGUUCGAAUUUUACAUGAUAGUGAAAAUAAUUACACUUUUACGUAAUUAUGGCCGAAAAGAAAACACAAGAAAAUCCACUCCCCGAGGGUUCCGCUGAAUGUCCAGAGCAGCUUAAAGAUGCAGCCCCCCGGCCUGUGAAGGUUGUGGCUCCCAACCCUGUUUCAUCUCCUCGGUUUAUACCCUCAUUUACAAAAACACCACCAAAUGAGUUGUACAGGAAACUGUUGCCGGCCGUGUUGUUUGUACUAACAUUUGUCACCGUUAUGACCGUCCUGUUGAUUUACAUGGAUACCGUCGCUCUGGGAGCCCAGCAGUUCCGUCUGAACAUGUCUCGUGACUAUGAGCUGGCUCGCAUCUCAGCCGAGUCCCCUACAUUCGUGGAGUAUGUCCGUCAACGACAGGAACACCUGGCGUCUCGACCUCGCCGCCCUUCAUCACCUCCUCCCACCACCACGCCACGGGUCGAGGUGCUCGACGGGAUACUCGGCAAGAUUGACAACGGCACGCUGGUAGAGUUCCUCUCUUCGGGCGGGCGGGACCCCACGGCGCUGGCGCUGGAGGCCCGCGGCUGGCGCGGUCUGGCGGUGAGGGCGGCGCCGCGCGACUUCCUGUCCCUGAGGGCAGAGCGCGCGCUGCACGCCUGCCUGUCCCCGGGCCCUCACCCCCGCGAGGUGAGCUACGCCGAGCUGGAUACGGACGGGUCGGUGUUCCGAUCGCGCGUGCUGUGUCUGCCGCUGUUGACGGUGCUGCUGGCGGCCGAGGCGACGCGCGCCGACUACACGGCGCUCGACGGGCCCGCCGCCCCCGGAGCUCUAGAGGCUUUGCCCUUCGAGCGACUCCGCCUGCGGGUACUGGACGUGCGCUCGUCGGAUCGGGACGUGCUGCGACGUUCCGCGGAAGUGCUGCGAGCCAACAAUUACAGCCUCGCCGCCAGCUUCGACGACGGACUGCUGUUCCGCCUCGACGGAGACGUGUGAGAUGAGAUGAGAUGAGAACGGAAGUCGUCCAUUUUAAGUAGAGUCAGCGUGGCCGCGAGCACGCGCGCAGUAUUAACACGACAGUAACUAAUGAAUAAUCAGCGGAACGUUUUAACUUAUUGCCUCGAUUCACCGCACUACACAGGAAUGAACGUGAAGCAAUGCUCAGUGCGGAGCGAGCGCCUCCUGCAACGAGUUUCCAUGGUAUUUUUAAUGUUUUAAUUGAGUAUUACAUUGUGCGUCUGUUUUUUAAUAAUAAUAAUGAUAACAAUUGAUAAUUUUUAAUUAUUUUAAGUAUUAAUUUAAUUGCUAGGUUUCGGUUGCACUCAUUCCAUUUUUUAUUUGAUAUAUGAUUUGUUUUAUUUGAUUGUUGUAAGACUGAUUCUCUCGACUAGUUUAAUGGCAACUGUAAGGUCUAAGUGUAUUUUAAUUUUAUUGAUCCCUUUCCUUCCCUGCCCGGGUGAGGUCGGUCUCCAUUAAGCUUAAAUCUAAGGAACACUAGAUUUAGUUUUGUAUUCGCUCAAUUUUUCACAAAUUAAAGGCUUUAAUUCAAUGAUAA